GCUCCGCUCUCCCCUCCCUCUCCUGCCCUCCCCCUUUUUCGUGCCUUGAGGUUGCGGGUCAGCGCGAGCCACUGCAGUGAGUCCGUCACGGCUCCGGCGCGAGCGUAAGGCUGCAGUCCCCGAGCCGCCCGGCCCUCUCGGCCCCUUUCCCCCCUCCUCUCCGCCUUUCCGCCUCGCUUCCCUCCCGCCGUCUCUCCUCCCGCGCUCGCUCUCUGAAUCUCGACCUUAAUUUCUUUCCCCCGCCCUGCCCGCUCUCUCGCGUGCACAGUCACCCGGCCGGCGCGGGCCCCGCGGCGCCGCCUCCCUCCCCCAGCCCGCACCCCCUCCCCGGGCGUCCCGAGGGCCGCAGCUGGGCCGCUGCCGCCGCCGCUUCCUGCGGAGCUCGUUAGAGCAGACUCUUCACCGCGCGAGUGAGCCGCCGACCCGCCGAGCAAAAUGGGAAAUGAGGCAAGUUAUCCUUUGGAAAUGUGCUCACACUUUGAUGCUGAUGAAAUUAAAAGGCUAGGAAAAAGAUUUAAGAAGCUGGAUUUGGACAAUUCUGGUUCUUUGAGUGUGGAAGAGUUCAUGUCUCUGCCUGAGUUACAACAGAAUCCUUUAGUACAACGAGUAAUAGAUAUAUUUGACACAGAUGGGAAUGGAGAAGUAGACUUUAAAGAAUUCAUUGAGGGAGUCUCUCAGUUCAGUGUCAAAGGAGAUAAGGAGCAGAAAUUGCGGUUUGCUUUCCGUAUCUAUGACAUGGAUAAAGAUGGCUAUAUUUCCAAUGGGGAACUCUUCCAGGUGUUGAAAAUGAUGGUUGGGAACAAUCUGAAAGACACACAGUUACAGCAAAUUGUAGACAAAACCAUAAUAAACGCAGAUAAGGAUGGAGAUGGGAGAAUAUCCUUUGAAGAAUUCUGUGCUGUGGUAGGUGGCCUAGAUAUCCACAAAAAGAUGGUGGUAGAUGUGUGACUCUCUGAAGAGUACCAUCCAACACUUUUGCUUUCUUCUCCAUCUCUGAAGAUCUGCUCAAGACGUCCAGCAAUGCUCUCUGUGUAUUUAAAUGGAAGUAUUUUUCUCUGUGAAGCCACAUUUCCAACAUGAGCCUCAUGAAGCCAACUAAGUGUUAUUGAACUCUCUUCUCUCAAUAACUCAGUGUAGCACUUUAAAGUCUGAAGGACAGCAACAUGAAAAGAGCAUAUCCAUGUGGUGGAGAAAGGGAAGGGGUUGGCUUUUUAAUUUAUUUUUCUUCAUCUUUUAUAACAAGAAAGUAUCUAUAUAUACAUAUGUAAAUAUUUAUAUAUAGAUAUAUGUAGCUUUCUAUAUAUGUAGUAGGUUGGCUUUAAUUUAAUAUACUUGAUUCAGAAACAAAACGAUAGAGUACAAAAGUGCCAAGCAGAACAUAAAACAUCCUUACUUUUAUUUCACACAGUUUUAUAUGUAGAUAGAAGAUUGUACAAUUUGAGCCGGGUGUUAGGCCAGCUAUUUUUCUUUUCCUGUGCUUUCUCCUUUGAGAGAUUGACAAAGCAUUUGUUAAUGUCCUAUUAUUUACCUUAAUUACAGUUUUGUAACAAAGGAGUCUAUAACUUUAUUUAUACCUAUGAAUAUAUUUCCGGGGACUAAGUCUCAUUGUUGAGCAGUUUAAUCCAUCUCUGGCUGAGGAGAAAGUAUAGUUCAGUGCUGCUGCCAAGAGCUAGUUCUUGUGUUCAUAUAGUGACUACACAUCGCUAUGGCUGCUUCCUUCUGUUACUUUGUGAGUAGGAACCAUUACAUUUAUUAAAUGUCCCUGAGUAAACAUAAUUUUUCAGUUGUGGUUUUAUAAAGACCAGAAGCUAUCUGAGGCAUUCAUGAUUUCUCUUUAGCAUUACUUAAUGAAAACCUGAAGUAAUCAUGUAACUGCUUACGGUAUCUGUUUGUUUCAUUAUAUAUGGAUGAAUAAUUUGUUUAUAAAGUCCUGUUUGAAUCAUGAGUUUCCCUUCUGUGUUUCAAAAGACUUGCAGCUAAUCUAAGAAACUGGUGACAUUAAUGUGCAUGUAUGUAUCUAAACACCCACACAUUUGUGAUUUAAAUGGGAGAAAUCUUGCUAAUCUGUAUGCCACAGAAGAGCAAAAUUUUAUCUAAAUUGAUACUGCAUAAACUUUUUUAUAAGGCAUAGGAAGCGCAUGAUUUUUUUUUUUUUGUUUGCCCAUACAAUUGGUAAUGGAUGGUAACUUAAUAAAUUUGUGUGAUAUAAAAGUAGUGUAUCAUGUUCCACCACUUGAUGUUAUCCCUUCCCUUUUCUGCAAAGGUACUAUUGGCUGGAAGAAAAACAUUUUGGGUAGCUUUAUAUGACAAUAGUCUUUCCCUAUAUAGUUUUUCUAUAAAAACUGGUUUUGUAAUCAUGAGUGGUAAAGGGCAGGUCAAAUCAAGGUGGAUGAAUCUUAAAUUGAAUACACCUGCCUGCCAUCGCUGUUCCUUCAACUGAGUGCUGCACAUCAUGGGCUCUGUCUGUGAGAGAAAAAUCCCGGUGCUUGGUGUCCUUGCAUGACAUGGAGUUUUGCAUGUAGAUCGAUUUAAAAUGUACCUCUUGUUUACAUAAUUUGCAUAAUUUUAAAAGAUAAUGUUGCCAAACUUUGGAAAUGUUAAUGUUCAAACUGAAAAUCUCCACUACAUGUAACUUUCUUCCUCUGGAUCAGUACGUGGCUUACAAUCCCAGCCAGUGGUUUGAUCUGUUCCAGUGUCAACUGCCAUGUGCUCUGCUUCAAGGGGGAACUAGUCUUUUGUGAAUUUUUUGUACAUAAUUAUUUGUUACCGAUAUUUUAGCAAAUGCUUUCUAUUUCUCUUGCUUGUGCAUAUCUUGGCUGGCGUUAUAGAAAAAUAGUGCAAACAUUAUUUCCUUACUCGGGAAUGAGGGGUUUUCUUUCCCUUUUUUUUUUUCCUUCCUCUUUUUUAGUUUGUGUGAAGGGUGGGCAAGGGAGGGGGUGGUUUAUGUUGAAUGUUUAGUUUUUCUUCUGCAUGAUACGUCAUGUUGUGGGAUCUUUAGAAAACUUCAUACUGUAUGAAUAAGAAAAUAAAAUAUUUGAAACUUGCUUGAAUGUUUUCAGUGGUGUUUGAUAGACUUACACAGCUCUCAGUUUUUCUUCCUUCUUUUAUAUUUCUUAAAAGCUCUCAUAAAAUGAGGUUUGAUUUUUCACUUUAACUCAUAGGUAAAAUUUAUCUGCUUUAUUGCUGGGUAAAACAGCAGGUCAUUACAAAGCCCUAUAGUACUCCCCCAUCAUUACUUACCUAAUCUGUCAAUGUUUACCCUUUCUCCAGGCAUUUUAGCCUCGUUGUAGUACCUGGGGCUUUCAGUUUACUCUCAUCUUUUGGUCACCAAUUUAAAAAUACAUAUACCCCUGAGUCUCCUUUACUCCACUCAUCCUCCUCGCCCUAUUUCUGACAUGGUUAUGUAUUUUAUCUUCCUUGGCUGUAGAAUAAAUUGCAUGAAAAUUCCACCAGA